AUGUCACAAUUCCAGUCUGCACAGGAGAUCAUUGAGGCUUUGAACCUAUCUCCACAUCCAGAAAAGGGCUACUACAUCGAGACCUUCCGCGACGAGGACUCAACAAACGGCCGUCCCCACAGCACCUGCAUUUACUAUCUUCUUGAGGGCAAAGCUGGCCUGUCAACAUGGCACCGUGUUCUUGAUGCCGCCGAGACAUGGCAUUACUACGCUGGUGCCCCUAUGCAACUUUCAUUAUCCUGGAAUGAUGGAAAACCCACUCGAGACGUUAUACUGGGGCUUGAUUUUGCGAAAGGCCAGCGUCCGCAAGCUAUCGUGAAACGCGGAGAAUGGCAGCAUGCAAGGAGCUUGGGUGAUUGGACACUCGUCGGUUGUACGGUGGCACCGGCUUUCCUUUUUGAGUCAUUUGAGAUGGCUGAGGCGGGAUGGGAGCCCCAGGUGGCUCUGUAA